GAUGAGUUGAGAUAUCUAGUUGUGCAACCUGAUUUGAACUGGUUAUAGCCCCCCCAGUUGUUCGUUUAUAUUCAAAUCGAUCGUAUUGUUUAUCACUCUGUUGUGAAUUUUCGGUAAUAAGAAGUUGACUUAUAACCAUUAUGAGUAGUAGAGCACGAUAUAUGGUUGAUCGUUGUAGGAACAACGGUGAGUAUCAAUGAAUUGUGUAAUUAUUACUGGCAAGAGCAGAAAAAAAAGGAGCGAUAAAGCUAUUGCCGGAGAAUCUAAUGGAGAGCUCAUUUGCGCGAACUUCGACCUGCAGCAAGUAUUACUUGUUUCAACAGAUCCAACGAACAAUGCGCUCUUUUACAAACGCAGGCUUGCUACCUUUAAUUUUAGUCUACAAUGUUGUGAAUAAACGAGGAGAUUGUUUCAUGUGGACUGAAACAGGAUGUAAGAGGGGCAGCUGUGAGAUUGGAAGCUGCGUAUACAAAUACCUCGAAUCAUUACCGAUUUCCACGAGAAAAGUAACCUUCUAUGGUGAUAGAUGCGAUGGCCAAAAUUUGAAUAAAUUCUUGGCAACAAUGUGUUUGCUAGCCGUCCAAGGAAUUCACAAUAUUACAAUAAUUGGUUUAGAAUUUCUGGUGAGUGGUCAUAGCGAGAUGGGAGGCAUGAAAAAGAUAGGCCUUAUAUUGUCCACGAUCUCAAACAAGACGAUAUUUUUGACUACAAAAAAUUCGUCGAGAAAAACAGACGAGAGUGACGGACCAGUGAACUGGCAGAAAAUGUGUUUCAACAAAGCUCUGCCGUUCAUUAUGGGGUUCAAAGAAGCUUUCGAUGGUGAAUUCAAACUCCUCAACUUCAACAAGAAGGCACGUCGUAGUUCUCACCCCACAAAUUCACUGCAACCUUUGUACAAAGACUCGACUCCUAUCACAGAGCAAACAUAUUCAAACUUGACAUCUCUAUUCGAAAUCAAACCUCCAGCACUAGGAGAUGCUUAUAAACCAUUUUAUUACAGCUUACCUCACAAUAAUAAAGUUUCAGAUGUUUUAUCCGAUAUUGAAGAAGAAACAACUGAAGACUAAAAUUCUGAAUGUGAUUUUUCUGUGUCCCUUAGAUAAGUUUCCAUGAUUU